GCGUGAACAUGAAGCAGUGGGUAUUCAUUUGCUUUAUUAUUGUGAUUCUCUACUCACAUUGUGUGGGAUCGGCAAACGCUUUCGUAAAACUGGUGGCUGUCGCUAAAAAGGUGGAGUUUAAAACACUCACGCGAUCGUUCAACGUGUCCUACAAGUUGAACUAUCCGAAAUCUUACGUAAACCAAUCGAUUGAUUGCAAUAUUGAUGUGACGCGCAAAAUUAAGGACCUAAGGCUGAUAUUUCUGUACCACACGGUAGCACGGAACGGUACCGUACAGAAUGCACUCAUCAAGCGGCCGAUCGAUAUCUGCUUUUUCCUGCGAAAUCCCAGAUCCGAUCGGCUGGUGAAGAUCAUAUACGAUUACGUGAAGGAGCGCAGUGACUUACCGGUGCGGUGUCCGUUCGGCCCUGGUAGCUAUAACGUUCGGAACGUUAGAAUAACCGACGUACCGGUGCCAACGUUUCUACCGCUGGCCGAGUUUUUGCUCGAGCUGAUUUACUAUUCGGAGGUGCGGGCCGAGAAGAUGGUCGAGUUUCGACUGCACGGAAAGCUGGUACGGCUUAUGGACGGCAUCUUUUCUAAGUGAAUAAAAUAAAUAAAAUGGUUGAAGUAAUAUCUUAGUCUUACUACCA